AUGUCUGAUCGGAUGUGGCGGUAUGGGAUCCAUUCGUUGUUGGAGAUCCUACAACGGAACCUCCCAGAGACUUCGAAGCACAUGCUCUGCUUCAUCGAAAUGGUCUCAUUGGUUCUAAAGCGGUUAGUUCUGUCGAAUUCAGCACUUGGGGACUCAUUGUUCGAACAACUGGGUGAUGUGGCACGAUAUGGUAUGUUUGCGGCAAAGAUGGAUAGCAGACAUUGGAAAUUUAUGUCGCAGUAUUGGUACCAAAAGGCUGCGGACCGACAUCCUGGUAGCGGAAAAUUCCAACAUCAUGUUGCGGUUUUGUCACAAUCUGAUCCCCUUCGGACACUCUUUUAUCUUACCAAAGCAUUGAUCAGCGUGCAGCCAUUUCCAGACACUCGGGUGACAUUUGGCCGUUUCUUCAAUGACUGGGCUAAUUCGGCACCUCGAAAAAUCACCAUGACCACUUCCUUCAUCGCUGCGCAUUGUGUGCUACUUGCUGGUGACUCUAUUCAGCGGUUUAUGACUUUGACAAAUGACUUCUUGUCUCUCUUACCAUUGUACUUGCAACACCAUGGUCACCAAGGACAACACACAGCGUAUAUCAUGUCCUGCAAUUUGGCGUCUGUAUUUAAUUACGGCGAUCCUGCAUUCAUGGCUAUGGUAUCCUCUCAAAGCCGGAGUGGGCAUACUCCCCAGACAAAUCAACUGGGUCUAGCCAACCAGAAGCAAGCAUAUGGAGUCCAUUUAACUUUUCAAACACUCUCGGUUCUUCUUCAGUAUGGUAACAGCCACAACUCCGUCCCAGCAAUCCAUAUCUCUCUAGCUUUCCUCUGUGCGGUCGUUGGAUAUCUUACAUCCCAAUGA